AUGGAAUAUAGAUUAUAUGAUAAUGAUGAAUAUCAGCCUUUAGAGCAAGGAAAUAAAUAUUCACCAACAUGGCCAUUUAGAAUGGUUGUGGCUGGAAGUUCUGAUUCAGGAAAAACUACAAUGCUUUUGAACCUUCUUAUAGGCACUAAAAUGGUGGAUAAAGAGAAUGGAUCCAGAUAUAUUCUCUGCAAUGAUGUAAUUUUAAUUGAAACUGAAGAUGUAUCAUUCAAAGCAUUACCUCCUUCUGAGAUUCCUGAUACAGAUGAAUUCAAUCCUGAAUGA